AUGCCCAUUCUCGUGACUGCACCAACAUCAUUACGACAUCAACAUGUCGUAGUCAAAGAACAUUAUGUGGAAUCGUACAUGGAGUUUGUUAACUGUGGACGAGUUUUGUCUUGUGAUGGCAGUGUUUUAAGUGGUCAUGGCACAAUUGUUUCUAGUGGUGAGUUGUUGGCCACUGUGUCUGGGUUGAAAGUGCAGUACAGCCAACUGCACAUGGUAGAGCCAUACAAGUCGAAGUUUAUCCCCAAGGUUGGUGAUGUAGUUGUUGGUCGCAUCGUUAAUGUCCAGAAGGCUCGUUGGAAGGUCGAUGUGAACUACAGGAUUGCUGCAAUAUUGCAAUUGAAUAACGUUAAUCUUCCGGGGGGAGAGCUGAGGCGCAAAGGCCUGGAGGACGAAAUUGCUAUGAGCGGGCAUCUCGUCGUAGGUGAUGUGGUGAGUGCAGAAGUGCAACAGGUAAAAUCAAAAGGUCAAUUGCAACUGCACACGAGGAACCUAAAAUAUGGAAAACUCGGGCAAGGGAUUCUGAUUAAGAGGAAUCAUCGACGCCAUCAGCUCACGUGGCAGGAGUCAACCCUUUUAACGCCUGAAGAGCAACGCAAGCGGAAGAUGAGGACUCUUAAACUUCAGCUCGACUACCUUCUGGCGAGGAACAUCCCUCAGUCACAUAUCCGAAAAUCUAGAGCUGUUUGGGACGUUGCGUUCGACUCUGACCACCGUCCAGUUCUUCUCAGCUUCAAGAUACGGUUCCACAAGAGAAACCGAGGAGUUCCUCUUCAACCGAAAAUCGACAUGGCAGGUCUGAAAGACGAUGAAUGCAGAACAAAAUUCCGCCAACGUGUGUCUAUUCAUUUUGGAGUACGGACCAGGAAGAAGCUUAUCGAUGCGGAUUCCUUCACAAAGUGCAUCCAGGACGCUGCAAGGGAAACGCUCCCGGUUCUAUUGCCGCGGAAGAAGUUUGCCUUUGCAUCUGCGGAAACAAAAUCCACAUACAAUUCUGUAUGUGUCGCGCGCAGCGCUGGUGACUUCAACCAGAAAAAGCGUCUUAGAAGGAAGCUGCGUCGUCGACUGCAACAAGACCGCGAUAACGAGUGGACGUCAAAAGCGAUGGAGUUUGAGUAG